UCAAAAUGUCGCACCCGUCCCCAAAAACUAAGCCUUCCAACCCCUGUAACCCCAGAGUCUUCUUUGAUGUGGACAUCGGAGGGGAGCGAGUUGGUCGAAUUAUCUUAGAAUUGUUUGCAGAUAUUGUAACCAAAACCGCAGAAAAUUUUCGUGCACUGUGUACAGGAGAAAAAGGCAUUGAACCCACCACUGGGAAACCUCUCCAUUUCAAAGGAUGCCCUUUCCAUCGAAUUAUUAAGAAAUGUAUGAUUCAGGGUGGAGACUUCUCAAAUCAAAACGGGACAAGUGGAGAAAGUAUUUAUGGUGAAAAGUUUGAAGAUGAAAAUUUCUAUUAUAAGCAUGAUCAGGAAGGUUUAUUGAGCAUGGCAAAUGCAGGCUGCAAUACAAAUGGUUCUCAGUUCUUCAUCACAACAGUCCCAACUCCUCACUUGGAUGGGAAACGUGGUAUUUGGCCAAGUAAAGGAAUGGGUGUGGCAAGGAUACUGGAAAAUGUAGAAGUGAAAGGUGAAAAGCUUGCCAAAUUGUGCGUUAUUGCAGAAUGCGGAGAAUUGAAGGAAGGGGAUGAUUGGGGGAUAUACCCAAAAGAUGGCUCUGGUGACAGUCAUCCAGACUUCCCUGAGGAUGCAGAUAUAGAUUUAAAAGAUGUAAAUAAAAUUUUACUAAUAGCUGAAGAUGUAAAAAAUAUUGGAAAUACUUUUUUCAAAUCUCAGAACUGGGAAAUGGCCAUUAAAAAAUAUACAAAAGUUUUAAGGUAUGUGGAAGGUUCAAAGGCUGUUAUUGAGCAAGCAGAUAGAUCGAAGCUACAACCUAUAUAGCUUUAAGCUGUGUGCUGAAUAUUGGUGCUUGUAAACUGAAGAUGUCAAAUUGGCAGGGAGCAAUCGACAGUUGUUUGGAAGCUCUUGAAA